UGUCAGUUGUGACGAAGACAGCAAUGGCAGCCUCCAGUAUUUUGGAGUACAAUGUCGAGGAACAAGAGAAACAACACGCCGUAGUUGUUCAGUUUUCAAACGGGAAGCUCAGAAACACAGAGCAGGUGGACUUCACGUUAUAUAAACACGUUGACACCAACAAUCCAAGAAAGAAACACAGGCGAAUUGUGGCUGCUGAUACAGACAGAUUAUGUUACGUGGGUAAUAAUUUUGGACCCAUAUCGCUAAAAUGCAACACUCUCUGCAAGUAUUUUGUUGGUGUUCUUGACAAGACGACUGGAAGAAUGGAAAUUCACAAUGCUGAGUUAUUUAACAUGCAGCCGGUCUUCCCAGGUGAAUCUGUUACUGAAGAAGCAUCUUCAGAAAGUCAGAACAAAUCUUAUAGAGAAAAGGUAGAUUCCCUUAUCGAAGCAUUUGGUACGAACAAGCAGAAGCGGGCUCUUGGUACCCGUCGGAUGAAUCAGGUUGGCAGCGACACCCUGCAGAAGGCUGUGGCUAAAGCUGCUGAGAAUAUUAUUGACAAGAAGGGGGUCACAGCUUUAGUGAACGAUGUUGCUCAGACAGAGGCUCAGGACGCAGUGCUCUUCAUUCCGCCGUGUCAGACUGCUGCCACCAAACCAGAAGAUGUUUACAAGUUUGAUGACCUUAUCUCCCCGGCAGAGUAUGAAGCCUCUGCAACCCCUGCUAAAGCGUUUAGGGACAUCUUAUCUGAAGACAUACCGAAAAUGAUAGAGGAGGGCAGCCCCUCGUUUGUGGUGGAAGAGCUGAAGUGCAUGCCCAUGAAUGACGAGCUCAGAGAUCACAAAGCACGCUGUCUGUGGUACCUGAACCAGCUUAUCAAGUUGUCGUUCAUGAAAGUCAUCAAGCACAAGUUUGGCCUGGCUGAUACCUGUCCGCGUUUAAUUCAGAGCAAAUUAAUGAAGAACUUCACAUUCUUAUCAUUCAACUCUGGCAGUAUCCAGAAUGUGGUUUCAUCCUCAAUGAAGUCCAAGAUCUCAGCCUACGUCCUGGCCCUGGCUCUGCAUAUCAAUGACUUUCAAACAGACCUGACACUUCUGCAGCGGGACAUGAAGCUCAGUGAGAAUAAAAUGUUGGAAAUUGCCAAAGCCAUGGGACUGAAGAUCACAAAAAGAAGUGUGUCGGUGUCUGGUGGAGUGUCUGAGGACCACAAGUUCGGUACACUGGUACUUCCAUUGUUAAAGUACGACCAGGGCGGGAACCAAAGGAAAAGGAAAAGAAUGGCAUAGGGAGCAGAGAGAACAGACCUGAUGUGACAGAAUCACACAAACCACGACCCUCUUCUUGAAACUGAAGCACAGGCUCAUUUUUGUUGGCAAUGAGAGAAACAAGCGCAAAUAUGUAAACAUGGCUUUCGUAUAUACAAUUUCUUACUACAUUUAUUAAUGUGAAUUCAACUACACACACGUGUCGUACAUAUGCCAUUGUCAUGUGUUCUGGAGUUCUACAUACAACAGUCAAGUUGUUAUGAAUCUGUUGGUCACUCUACAAAACAAGCUCAUGCUGUUUUAUGGUCACACAUUCUGUAGUGUACAGCACUUGUAAAUCUGGUUUGUAAAUGCAGCUGUAUUUUUUUCAAUUCAUAUGAAUGCAUCAGUUAAAACCAUUUUCACUAGACUGGAAUAUGCUAUUUACAGUUGCAUUGGAAUGCAAGUAUUCUUUAGCACUCAGUUGUAUCAUUGAUGGGACCCUUUGCUAAACUGCAUAAUAAGAAAGAGGUAUGGAACCAAACUUAUUUUUAGAAAAGAAUGCAUGAUGCUUCCUUACUUACCAUUUGAUUUGAGAUAUGUAAUCUUUUAAAUAUGACAGUACGUGCUUAAGUAAUUGCCUUGGCUUUUGAUUUUCCUUUUUGGUUGAUUUUACAGUUAAUAGAUCUGACCGAGUUAAGCAUUCAAGCUGUUUCUCGGUUUCCUUUUUUGUGUCUUUAACUGUCAAUAGAGAGAAAAACAACAGAUGCAAGUUUAGUUUUGUUUUUGUUUUUUUAUCUCCCAGAGUGAUGCUGCACCUAUAAGCUAUUGCGAAUGAAAGGGCAUUAAGGAUUAAAAAAGCCUUUUCAUAGUUUGUGUUUGGAACAAUAAAAAUGUGGAAAAGU